UGAGUUUUUUUUUUUUUUUUCUUUUUAAAUUGUGAUCUGAUUUCGAUUUGUAAAUAGAUGCUUCAGCGUGCUAUUCAGAUCUGGUACUAUGUGUUUUUGAAGUUCCUUUUUGUCUGUUUUUUUCCCGCUUUGUGUUGAUUGAAUGUUGUGUUCAGUAAUUUCACUUAUAUUUUCAUGGAUUUGGGAAAUUUCAUACUCAAGUUGCUACAAUUAGGAAUUUCUGUAUAUGAUUUGUAAUGAAAAAUAAAAUAAAAUAAAUAACAGACUAAUGUGGAGGAUCAAGAGAUUUUCAUUUGUAAAAAUGUUGGAUUAACUCUUCCCCACGAUAUAUCUGUCUGAGCAAUUUGUUCCGGAAAAUAAUUUAAAGUACCGGUAUUUCCCUCCAUCAUGAUGUCAUUUGACACUACUUGUUCCGUCAAAUUAAUGACGUCACUGCAUCUUGUGUUUCAUUUAUAUCAUGAAUAUUAACUUUCAAAUCUUUUGUUUCAUUUGUGUUUGGUUUUAAAAUGCUGUUGAGAGAGUAGGUAAUGUGGAUUGUAGCUAGCUAUCGAACCUAAUAUCUAUUUGGUUAUCCUAUGCUGUUAAUGCAACGUGCUUCACUUCGAAGGAUUCUCAAGCAAUUUUUUUUUUUAAAUAGAAGCUAUAUAUGAAAAUUUCUCCCAUUGAAAGAAGGAAACAUGUGCAUGCUUUAAGUUCUCAAAGAAUACCAAAUGUUAUACCAUGUACCUUGAUUCCAGUACAUAUUUGACACCAUAUAUGGAGCAGCCUGCAUCAGGCUUCAACCGUUUUUGUCGUUCUCAUUAAAAACUUGAUCCUGUAUAUAGCUGGAUUUUGUCAUUGUUUUUUAUAUGUAGUUAAAACUUUUGUGUGCAAUACUUUCCAUUCUUGCAUAUUGUUCAUGUAGUGACACGUAAAUGAAUCCGUGUCACACUCAGCGGAAUAAUCAUCACCUUAGUUUCAACUUUUUUGCCAGUUGUUUACUUAGGUGUUUCGUGGAAGUUCUUCUCUCCUUCUUUGCAUUGAUAUUUAGAGGGCAUGGUGUAAUCGAUCUACUCAUAUUUCAGGUCUAUGCUCUGUUUGCUUAUCUUGAUCUGCUUCUAAUUUAUAUAUUUACAGGAAAAGCAGAGCGCACAUCAAAAUGAAGGCACUUAUUCUGGUUGGAGGGUUUGGAACAAGGUUGAGGCCACUGACACUCAGUGUCCCUAAGCCUCUUGUUGAUUUUGCUAACAAACCCAUGAUUCUGCAUCAGAUAGAGGCCCUUAAGGCCAUUGGAGUUACUGAAGUGGUGCUAGCCAUCAAUUACCAACCGGAGGUUAUGUUGAAUUUUUUGAAGGAUUUUGAAGCAAAGCUUGGCAUCAAGAUCACAUGCUCUCAAGAAACUGAACCACUGGGAACUGCAGGCCCUUUGGCUCUUGCCAGGGAUAAGCUUAUAGAUAGCUCUAGAGAGCCAUUUUUUGUUCUCAACAGCGAUGUUAUCAGUGAGUACCCACUUAAAGAAAUGAUUGAAUUCCAUAAAGCCCAUGGAGGGGAGGCUUCCAUAAUGGUAACAAAGGUUGAUGAGCCAUCAAAAUAUGGUGUGGUUGUGAUGGAAGAGACCACAGGGCAGGUUGAUAAGUUUGUUGAAAAACCGAAGUUGUUUGUUGGAAACAAGAUCAAUGCCGGAAUUUACCUGUUGAACCCGUCUGUUUUGGAUAGAAUUGAACUGAGGCCCACUUCUAUCGAGAAAGAGGUGUUUCCAAAGAUUGCUGCUGAGAAAAAGCUAUAUGCAAUGGUCCUGCCAGGAUUCUGGAUGGACAUUGGACAACCGAGGGACUAUAUUACUGGCCUGAGACUUUACCUGGACUCAUUGAGGAAGAAGUCUUCUUCUAAGUUGGCCAGUGGCUCUUCCAUUGUAGGGAAUGUCAUUGUCGAUGAGACAGCCAAAAUUGGUGAGGGAUGUCUAAUUGGGCCUGAUGUUGCUAUUGGUCCUGGCUGCAUAAUUGAGCCAGGUGUUCGGCUAUCACGCUGCACAGUAAUGCGAGGAGUAAGGAUUAAGAAGCACGCGUGCAUAUCCAGCAGUAUUAUUGGGUGGCAUUCUACCGUUGGGCAAUGGGCUCGAGUGGAGAAUAUGACUAUCCUUGGAGAAGAUGUUCAUGUAUGUGACGAAAUUUACAGCAAUGGUGGUGUGGUUUUGCCCCACAAGGAGAUCAAGUCAAGUAUUCUGAAGCCAGAAAUUGUCAUGUGAGGUCAAUGUCGUUCAAAUUGAUAGCAUGGGGAGAGGACGUAGUAAAUUAUUGGGUCUUGAAAUAUGUUUGUCUGUUUCUAAUGUUUUCCUUUUUACUUCAUUCUAUUCCUUUUCUUUGUACAAGUCAGCUUUUCGAUUAGAAUGAGUGACGCCAUUACAAUGUUGAAAGGUGAGAAUCUCUUGUAAUGGGCGCAAAUUUGGUCUUCUGUGCCAAAGUUGUGUAAUUUUCGGGGUGUGUAUAGAAAUAAAUUAUUAGUUUUUUUCUCUCCAGCCACUGUAACUCACUAGCAAGAAAGGAAGGACGUAUGUCAAUCUACAUCUUAUUGGGGCAAUCCAAUAUGAAAGGUUGGUUAACACAUCACAUCAUGU